AUGGCCGCGUUCAGAGCGUUAGUCCUCGCGUGCGUGCUCCUCCUCGUGUCGACGUCCGCCUUGGCGCAGCGUGGUCCGCCUGGCGGAGGACCUCCCAGCGGUCAGCGCGGAGGCCCUGGCGCCGGUCCCGGCGGUCCUGGUGGUCGCGACGGUCCCGGCGGGCCUGGUGGAAAACCGCCGCAUGGCCCUCCGUUGAACCUGACGGCCGUCGGGAAUUUGACGGCAGAUGUUGGCGCGCGGCUCGCCAACUGCACCGUGGAUCAGAAGACCCUCAACGGCAGCUUCCACCUCGCCGUCUUCAAGAACUCUACCGGAAAUUACAAUCUGCUGGUGGAGGCGGUGCUGGUGGACGCGGCGGGCGGUCCGCCCGACUCGCUGGCGAUCGUGAAGGGCGCCGUGUGCGACGCCGCCGCGACGGACGUGCUCGCGCUGCCGCUCGCCGCGGCGGAAUGGCAGCAGCGCGCGGGGUGGUGGCUGCUGCACGCGGAGGCGCGCCUCGACGCGUUCCUCGAGAACGCGGACGCCGCCACCCUCGACGCGCUGCUCGCCGUGCUCCCCACCGCCUCGCCUCCGCCCACCAGCGGCGGCGGACGCAACGGCGGGGGUAGCAGUGCCGGCGGAGGCAGCGCGGGGGGCGCGCGGAACGGGCAGGGCGGGAGGCGCAUGGGGCGGGAGCUGCUGACGCGCGCAUUCGGCCUCGCUGCCAGGCAAGGGGGACAGAAGCAGGGGGGACAGAAGCAGGGGGGACAGAAGCAGGGGGGGCAGCAGCAGCAGGGGGGAGCGCAGCAGCCACCUGCAGUGAGCGGGUAUGCUGUGCUGGCGGGCAGCAGCGCAGCAGGUGUGACGUGCAGAAGCAUUACUGCCGUGGGCGUGCAUCCCGAUGUUGGUGCUCUUUUGCAUCUACUGCUCCUCCAGCUCACCCCUCCCCCUGCCCCUUUCCCCUCCCUGCCCCUAUCCCCUGCUUUUUCUCCUCACCUGGCACUUUUUCUUGUCCUUUCCUCAUGUCGCUUCCCCCUUUCCCUCCCCUUACCCCCCCUACCUUUCGCCCGUUCUCUUUUGCCCCUUCCCUUUGCUCCUUCCCUCUGCCCCUCCCACUCUGCCUCUCCCUCCUGUCCCUCCCACAUGCCACUUCUCAUUUCCCCGUCCCCCUGUUCCCCCCUUACCCCCCCUUUGCCCCUUCCGAUUGCACCUUCCCUUUGCCCAUUUCCCCUUCCCCCGCCUCCCAGUGCCUCAACAUGCGCCCCCCCCCCUGCUCCUUCCCCCUGCCCCUCCCUUGCUUCUUCCCCUGACCCUUCCCCCGUUGCCCCGUACCCCUGCCCCUCAACCUGCGCCCCUGCGCUCUACUCCUCCCCCCCCUGGUACCUCGUGUGCUGCCUCUGA